CGUCGCGGCGCAGAGACCGCGCACAGGCGUGCCUCGCUGCCCCGCUCCGCAGUGUCCGGCGACGCCCGCGCCUCCGCCCCGCUUGCCGGGCAUGGAGCCCUGCUGCGCUGUCUCCGGCGAGGACCUUGUGGGCGACCAGAUUGUCCCGGGCGGCGUCCACUGGGGGGGUUCACCCAGCGGCGCGGUUGUCGACUCGUGGUUUCAGAUGCAGACGUCUGAGCUAGAGACAUUGCUGUGCAAGCAGGAGGGCGCGGCACUCGCGCCCGCGCACAUGGACCUGUUCGACGGCGGCACCACCUCCCGCGACGAUGCCUUCCUCCGCCCCGCGCCCGCCCUCUGGGAGGAUAUCGCCUCCUCAAUUCGGAACAUCGACCCGGAGAACGCCAACAUGCUGGCAGCGCUGGGCACAACGCACGUCAAGCUGGAGGCGGACGAGGCGCUGCUGGAGGGCUGCGCCACGCCGCUGCUCAGCCCGCUGGAGAUCAAGACGGAACGGUUGUGCGCGCCGCCGACGUACGCGCAGCCGCAGCCCCCACCACACCCGCCGCCCCCCUCCUUCGCAAAGUACGCGCCCUCACGGCUCGUCUACAUGUCCCCGUUGACACCCCCUGGGUCCGAUCAGGGAAGUCCAGGAAAUUCUAUGCAGGGCGGGCCUCGCCGGACGCCGCCGCCGCCCUACCACCCGCCGCCCUUGCUCAGGGCACCCCACAUCCCACCGCACCCCGCUGCUCAUCCGCAUCAUCAUCCUCAGCCCAUGCAAACCCUACACAUGGGACAACAGCCGCCGGCGCAGGCGCAACCACCGAUGCAUACCCCUGCCCCGCACUCGAGGCUCGCCUCACCCCCGCAGGGCAAGUACAACCGGCGGAACAACCCUGAACUGGAGAAACGGAGAGUACACCACUGCGACUUCAUAGGCUGUACGAAAGUCUACACAAAAAGCUCGCAUCUCAAAGCUCACCAGCGAAUACACACUGGAGAAAAACCUUACACGUGUCAGUGGCCGGAGUGCGAAUGGCGAUUCGCACGAUCAGACGAGUUGACUCGCCACUACCGCAAACACACCGGAGCGAAGCCGUUCAAGUGCGCGGUGUGCGAACGUUCGUUCGCGCGCUCUGACCACCUUGCACUACACAUGAAGCGGCAUUUGCCCAAAACGUCCAAAUGACACGCAAGAAGGGGCGGUGAGCAGCCGCCCGCGUCUCAAUCCACUCAGGAGGAAUGCAGUGAAAGCAUCUUCCUGGAGUGUGAUCUGGACUCCAACUUGAUGGACACGUUCUACAGCGUGCUGUGACCGCCUCGGCCCCGAGCCUCGGCGACGUACCAUAACGGGUUGUGUUUGCAAGUUAUACACCCGACACGCUCGCUGAUUGAAUAUUUAAGUUCACCUUUGAAUCUAAUCGAAUAAGUAAUUUUAGUGAAUUCAAAACAAAUCACUCUGACGUUGUUAUUCAUUUUCGUAUUUCAUAUCAAUAAAAAAAAUUACAAAUGUAUUUAAAUUUCGAUGAUAUUAAAUCAGUUUAGCUUUGUAAAUAUUUAUACAUUUCACAAUUGCUCGGUAUAUGUAUUGUAUGCCAUUUUGAAAGUAUUAUGAAUGUUUAAGUAUGUAGAUGAACGAUAUUAUUUCAUACUCUGCCAUAUAGCACAGAAUAGAUUACCUAUCUUAAAUGUAAUCCAAAAGAAAAUACUGUACUUACAACAUUGAACAGCAUUACCAAGGAAAUUGCUUUAUUCAUUUUUAUUCAUUAUAUUACCUUAAUCUGCUAGAUCAGAAACGUUUACAUCUACUUAUUAUGUAAUCAUACAUCUAUACAAUCUAAUAUAUAAAUUGAUAAAAUUAUUUAUGUACAUUAUCACAAAUAGUAUAAGAAAAACGAGAACUCUGCUGACCUUUGCUAUUUAAAAAAAUCACAUAAAUGGUUUUCAAAAAUGAUAUUUAUGAAUUAUGCUAGACAUUGAAACCCAGCCAGGACUGAAGUAUCAAGGACAAGUAUAUAAAUUGUAAAGUGCAUUUAAAAGUGAUAUCUGAGAUACGUGCACAAACACAUGCAUGUCAGUGUCCUAUAUAUCCAAAUGCCAUAUUGAUGCAUGUUUGGUAUUCACGGCUCGUCACUCGUGACCCGGGCCCCGCGUGACCUCGGAUGCAGGCCACUCUCACUGAAUAAACACAUUAAAAUUUCAUGAUUCAAUUUCUCACUUUCGUGUUUGUUCGAAAUUCGAUCGGAUAAAUUUGCGAAACAGCAAUUACUUUCCAAGAAUUAAUAGUUAACAGACUCUUUCAUCAACCACAUCGUAUAACGCUUAAAAUUAUUGGCUGAUGCUAAAACUUACAUUCAACACCAAAUAGUAAAAUAUUUUUUUAUUAGCAAAAAAGCUGCGUAUUUUUUGUAUGUCUUAUUUUUGGCGCAAAAGCGACCGACCCUUAGAUCGUCUCUCCAUCUUGUUCGCAGUCUUCCAGAUACAGAAAUAGAGGAAGACCGCUUUAUGGAAUCAGAUACCACGUGUUUCCACUUAUUUCUCUUCAAUUUGAUUAUUUACUUCAAGUCCUGUGCACAUGUUAUUAAUUUAUUUAUUAUCCCAAAUAAUCAGUAAUAUCUAAGAGUAUGAUAAAUACGGUAAAAACAAUUUUGUAAACGGUAAACGUGACGUGGGUAACGUUACAAAAGUAAUUUGCAAUUGCUCACAAUAUAGUAUCCUGAAGUCAGCACAGUACCCUCGUAAGCUCUAAGUAUUUUUAAAUAUGAUCAGUUAAUUUAUUGAUAAGUAAUUAGGUAUGAGAGCAAGGAAUAUCCAAGAUAUUAGUUAUCCGUAAUUACUGAUUUAUGAUAAUGUUAGUCGAUAGAUUAGUCUAUAGUCUAGGUAUUGUGUGCGGAUCUUACGACCUCUGCGCUGUUGUAAAUUAAUUUUAAAUUUAUUGUGCACGUCUUUUUUCGUAAGCCAUAAUGUUGAUAAAAAAUAAACUUAUAACUAUAUAAGAUUCCACUAGCGGACCUGUAGGUCGUUUAGUCCGCAAGCGCAAAACAUACACUUUCUAGUCUCGAUAUACUACAGUUGUUUAAUUCUGAAAUAACACAAUACAUAUACAUAAGCUUAGAAUGAUCUUUGUAUAUUCUAAACGCUUUGAUGUAAUAUGAUGCGAUUGUAUUGAAUGUAUAUUUGUUGUAGAUUUACAUAAUUAAAAAUAAUUUUAUCUUACAAAAUGUUGUAGUAGUAAAAUAAAUGCGAAUCAGCCUUAUUGCCUCCGUCCAGUGAAACAAAUAUGGCUCCACCACAGUGCCUUGCGAGUUCAUACAAUUGUAUCUAUUAAAAUUAGGAUGUAAUUAUCAUAAGCAGGUCGCACCUUGCCGUUCUCGCGAAAGAGGACAAAUUGCUUGAUAUCCCCGGGGAAAUCAUUUCAGGUGACAUUGCAUGUAAUCGUGCUUUACUUGAAUGCAUAAUUAUAAUCAUAUCUACUUGAACGUAAGAACACAUUGCCAUCACAAAUAGUCACUAGUAUCGUGCUACAUACGCUCCCUUGCUAUGUAAAAUGACGCUUAAGUUUUGUGUUAUUUUUAUUUUUUAAUCUGUAAACCUCUAAAUUAUGUUUGACCUCAAAAGUCAGCGUUAGAUUGUCUUAUCUAUUACCAAAAGCUGGCAAUCAAAAAGGUAAUGGACGAAAUAUGGAGGUUCAUGUUACCUAAAUCCAAAUUUCAAAAUUACCUAAAAUAUCUGCAGAUAUAAUCUGAUGCUGGAUUCUUACUGUUUAAUUACUUUUUAAACCAUAAAAAGUAAUUAAACAGUAAGCUAGCGUUUCUGCUAUAAAUCUCUUCACUUUGAGAAGCGGUUGAAAUUAUACUUCCAGUGUUUUCCAUCAACAUUAAGUUGGUACUCAAUUUUGAAUACUGAAUUACCUACUUAAGAACCUACAACAAAAAGUCUUCAACUUCUAUGAAUGCCGUUAAUGAUAUUUUCCCAUUUACUUAAUGCAUGACAGUAUACUGGACAUUUGUAUUAAUAAAAUACCUAUCAAGACCGGUCCUGCAUAUCCAGACCAUGUAGUUUUAAACAAUACAUUUAUACAAAUGAGCAGUAGUAUUUUCGUCUGCUUGGCUUCUAUUAGUGGCAGUCACAAUCUAAGUACUUAUGUAGGAAUAUAGUUGGAAAUACACUGGAAUCAACAACGUUAUGGGACGUAGCGAGUAGAUUCGUUUAGUGUACUCGAUCUUGCCACUCUCUCUUGCAUUUAGUUGUGAAAGUACUUACUUGAAUUUACUUGUGUAAUUUUUAUUGAGAAGUAAUGUGUUUAAGCCAAAAUAUUUAUGAAUGCUAGAUUCAACGUAUUUUAUUAGGUUUGACUGAAUGGCGGCACAUCCUUUUAAAAUGAUAAUCGACAGACCAAAUUUUUAACAUAUCGGUACCCAAGUCCUAUCAAUAAUAUAUAUAAAUAGGUACAUAUAUUACAUCUACCUAAAAUAAAAUAUAUAAUAAUAAAUUUUAAAAUUAAUGUUAAAAUAUUGAUCAACGAUUUGUUCAGUAUGUGAGAAACGUCUGUUGAAAUGUUACUCAGAGAGCAUUUAGCCAAAGACAAAUUUCAUGAAUAAAGCGCAGGAAACUUAUCUAUAAUAUCACGAAAAUAUGAAAUAAAGCUAUUUUAAGUAAAAUAUCAUCAAGAGAGUGUUUUUAAAAAUAAAUAUAAAUAAACUACAUAUAAGGUAACUAGAUACCACACUGCAAUAAUAAAUUAUUAUAAUUAUUUUGUUAAUUAUUGAACUAUUUAAAAACAUAGGCUAAUAAGCUGUCUUAUGCUAUCCGAUUAAACACAAAUCGACAGCUGAAGUCUGUAUAUACAUGAUAGUCGAUAUCGAGCGACUUCCGUUGUUAAAAUACAGAACGCUAGAGAACACUAUAGAAAUACCACAGACAAUAAAUAACUAAACUGUCGAUACCUAAGUACGAUCGUGUCUCAUUUGUUUUUUUUUUUUAUUAGUUCAAUAAAAAACAGUUGAUUCUUUUUGUUGAUUCGUUUUCUUGAACAUCUGAACAAGAGACACUUUUCCUUAGCAGUUCUCUCUUAUUCAUUCAAUAUUAAUAAAUAAAAUUAAAAUCUAUUGCCGAGAUACAAUUCGUUAUCAAAUACUCUAUCGACGUUUAGCGCAAUCUGAACAAAUUAUUGUUAUAAUUAGGUAUCACAUACUUCAGCUGCAGAGGAUGUGCCGAGCGAUUAAGGUUCGUAAAGCUGAGCAAUUGCCAUAUCGUGUCUGUAGAUGCCAUAUUUUAUUAAUUAGUCUUAUGAAGAGACCUUAGUCAUAAGCGCCUUUGUAUAAAAUCAUGUACCGAUACGGUCCACGUCUCCAGCUGUGAAAGGACUUGAAUUAUAUUGCAAGUUGUAAUUUGGAAAUUGAAAAGUUGUAUUCAACUUUAGUUUUUAGUUAGUUAUUGGUUCCAUUUCUUAGCAGAUUUUCUUUGGUUAAACCAUUGAUAAAGGGUUACACCGUCUCGAAGUCCUGUCCGCAAGCUCAUGUUUAUGGAUCGUAUUGUAUUGUACCUCAUUUUCAGCUCUUGCUUAUUCCUUGUACGUACUUAUUGUUUCAUUUUUAAUUUUAUUAUUGUUUGUAGUAUUUUAAUUUUACAUAAUGGUACUCUAGUACCUGGUUAAGUAUGUUGACUAAGUCACAAAUAAUUUAUUACCAAUGACAAUUUUAUAAAUUCUUUUUAUACAUUUUACUUACUGUGUACCUAUAUUUUUUGUAUAGUUUAAGUGUAGGUAAAAACAUGAGAUAUAUAUUUUGAUGAAAUAGCUAUGACUUACGUGUUUAUUGUAAUAUUAGGAGUUGCCAGAAGUGUGAUUUACUAACAUUUUGUGUUAUUAUUGCAAUGUCAUAGAUUUUAUUUUUGUUUACAUGAUGAUAAGUUUUACUACCUUCUUAUGUUCUUAGGCCUAGCAAUCACUUAUAUGAUUUUGUUAUGUUUAACAACUGCUUGAAACUACAAUAAAAUUACUACCUAGUAGUAGUUUCAACAUCUAUCAUCUAUCAUCUAUGUCAAUAUCAUGGAAUACCUUUAACUUUUUAAACAUUUAGGUUUUAAAAUUAUACUUGCAGUUUCAAUCAUGAUUCACUUCCAGACUUUAAGUACAUUUUUGUAGCUUGUUUUGUGUCCCUCUGCUGGAAGACAAAAUAAACUUAUGAAAGUCAAAAGGAGCGUUUGCCUCCACUUUUGUCUUUCAUAGAUUUCUGUCUAGAGCUGUUUGUUACUGACCGCGCUGAAACUUAUAUGACGCAGGCGUCGAGGUAGACCGUGAACAAGAUGGCGGGACGAUAGACAAGUUUCAGCGCGGUUGACUACCAACGACUAGAAUCUUAUGUGAACUCUAUGUCAAAUCUUGUGCCCUAAGAGGUUACAUGCACACACACAGAACUGGGUUUACGCCGAUCAAAUGAGAUGUUUACACCUUAUUUAAGGCCAGGCGUAUACCCGUCUAUACUCUCUUUACUAGUGUUCCGGUAGUGACACUUCUAUGUUAUAUUACAAUGGAAACAAUAUAUAGCUUUUUCGCGCUUCCCGGUGUGUUAGUUUCCCAUUCCAUGAGAGCUAGGAAAAAUAUUUCUAAAUUAAACAUUACCGGAACCGGAAUUAGUACAAAUUAAUUGAAUGCAUCAAUUACACAUGCACUAAUUCUGAAUAUAAAUAUUUUUACUCUAUAAAUUUACCGAAAUAUCAGAAAAUUAAAAUGCAACUUCACUGUGUAACCUGAAUAUCGAGAAUUGGUAGAAAGAAUUGAAAGUAUUAUCUGAUAAAAUGCGUAAGCGCACACGAGCUUUGAAUAUGUUCCAAUGUAUUCUAUAUAUAGUCUAUGGAUAGGUAGGUACAGGUACUUACCUACGGACUGUUCUCGCGAGAGUGGUUUAAAGUGCCUAAUCCGGAACUUCUCAAGGCGGCAUCGGUGAGGUUGCACAAAUACAUAUCUACAUAUCUAAAGGCAUUGUAAACUACUAAUAUGAACAUGACUAUUAUAUAUACUUAUGUUAUAUUGCAACUUUCACAUUUGAGAACAAAUUAAAUUUAGUCACAUGUA